GGCGACUUGACCUUGCACGGUGACUGAGGUGGGAAAGCUUAACUAUUUUCCAAGUUUUCUGGGUAAAAUAAUUUAUAUUUCUUAAUUCCAGUCACUAAUGCUGGUAAGGAAAACGAGGAGACCAAUGGAAAUGUUAGUUGUUCUUGCUGGAUUUUUAGCUCUCACUGCUACGGUUGAUGGCCAGGAUCAAUCAGGCUUCAUAAGCAUCGAUUGUGGGAUAAAUCCGGGUUCCAGCUAUUUUGGUGCCGCAACUGAAAUAUAUUACAUGUCAGACUCAGAAUUCAUAGACACUGGGAUAAAUUAUGAUGUUUCCAUAGAACACAGAUCCAGGUUUGGAACUCCAGAUCAGCAGCUUAUGACUGUGAGAAGCUUUCCAGAAGGAACCAAGAAUUGUUACACUCUUCAACCACAACAAGGCAAAGAUAAUAAGUACUUGAUCAGAGCUUCCUUCAUGUAUGGGAACUAUGACUCCAAGAAUCAACUUCCAGAGUUCAAACUAUAUCUGGGUGUUAAUGAAUGGGAUGCUGUGAAAUUCAACCAUUCAUAUGAUAUUGUCAGGAAGGAAAUUAUACAUGUCCCAAGAACAGGUCACAUAGAUGUCUGCCUAGUGAACACUGGUUCUGGGUCACCUUUCAUAUCGGCAUUAGAGUUGAGACAACUGAAUAAUUCCAUUUAUUCAACUCAAUCUGGAUCAUUGAUACUCUUUAAGAGGCUUGAUAUUGGUUCAACACGUCAGACAGUCAGAUACAAAGAUGACGCUUUUGAUCGCAUUUGGGAACCAUUCAGCCGGCCUUAUUGGAAAUCAGUGAGCGCAUCCUAUAGUAGUGAUACUUUAAGUGAUAACCACUUUAAACCUCCAUCCAAGGUCAUGGCAACUGCUGUAACCCCUGCUGAUGAAAGAUAUCCCUUGGAAUUCCACUGGAAUCUGGACAAUUCUACUCGACAGUUCUAUGUAUACACGCACUUUGCUGAGGUUGAGGAGCUCCAAUCCAACCAGUUGAGAGAAUUGUAUGUAUCACUUAAUGGUUGGUUCUGGAGUCCUGAACCUAUUGUUCCUGGAAGAUUGGUUCCACAUACUGGAUUUAGCGCACAUUCCAUAAGUGCAUCAUCUGAGCUAUCGCUUUCAAUUUUUAAGACACACAGAUCCACUCUUCCACCAAUUCUCAAUGCUUUGGAGAUUUAUGAGAUAAAACAGUUGUUUCAAUCAUCAACUGUCCAGAGCAAUGUUGAUGCUAUCAAGAAAAUCAAGGCAGUUUACAAGGUGAAGAAAAACUGGCAAGGAGAUCCAUGUCUUCCCAUUGAGUUCUCAUGGAAUGGCCUGAGCUGCAGUGACAACAGUCCCCUUUCCCCUAGCACCGUCUCUUUGAACCUUUCUUGGAGCAAGUUAACUGGGAAGAUAGAUUCUUCAUUCUCCAAUCUCACAUCAUUAAAAUCUUUAGAUUUAUCUUACAAUAGUUUGACUGGAGAAGUGCCAAACUUUCUAUCUAAACUGCCUUCCUUGAAGACCCUGAACUUGUCAGGGAAUAAUCUCACAGGAUCAGUUCCAUUGGCUCUCAUUGAAAAAUCUAGAAAUGGAUCCCUGUCUUUGAGCUUUGUUGAUGGUAGAUUGGAUGGAAAUCUGAAUCUUUGUAAGAAAAACUCUUGUGAGGAAGAGGAGGACAAAGAGAAGUCCAGUAAUAAUGUUAUUGUUCCAUUAGUUGCAUCCAUUAUUUCAGUUCUAGUCCUCUUAUUAGGUGAAGUAGCAGCCUUGUGGAUAUUUAAAAGGAGACAACAACAUGGUGGUAUGGCAUUGGACUCAAUGAACCCCCGCCUUAGUUACUCUGAGGUCAAUAGAAUCACUGGCAACUUCAAAAAGCUGCUUGACCAAGGAGAAUCAGCAGAAGUUUACCUUGGCCAUUUAAGUGAUGGCACUGAAGUUGCAGUCAAGAUGCUGACACCUUCAUCAGUUCUAGUGUUUAAGCAAUUCAAGACUGAGGCAAGCUUCUCUGUACUUGCAUUCAAGUGAUUCUAAUUUUGAACUGGCUAUAGCUAGUGUUCAGCUACGUAGCUAGACACAAGCAAAAAGAAAAGUCAAUUUCAAUGUCGUUGGUUGUGUUGAUUUGAAUGACAGGCUCGGCUGUUGACAAGAAUUCAUCAUAAAAACUUGGUUUCUCUAAUUGGAUACUGUGAUGAAGGUUCAAGGAUGGUGCUCAUUUACGAGCAUAUGGCUAAGGGGAACUUAAAAGAGUAUUUAUCAGGUA